ACUUUGGUAUUAUUGUCACUAAUACCAGGUAUUAUUCUUGUUAAGCUUAUUAUUGCUUAUACUUGGUAUAACUUUUGUUAAUUAUUGGUAUUAUUACUCUUAAAAUAGAUAUUACUCUGGUUGAAACAGGGUAAUAUUCUCCCUAAGUCUCCACGAAUUAAGAAAAAACAGUGGAAGUAAAUUUUUUUGUUUAUACAGAGAAAUAAGUGACAGAAACGAAUAUUUUAACAGAUUUAAGCAUUGUUUGUUGGGUGAUUAUUGCUGGAUUUAAAGUGGUUUUUGACCUGUUAGAAUCUUGUGUUUGAGUGAACUCUGACCUUGUAAAUCCAGUGUAUCUAGAGAAGUCACAAGGGCCUUGACCUGUCGAUCCCGUGAACCUUCAAAGGUAACCAGAUCACAAGGGCCUUGAUGUGUCGAUCCCGUGAACCUUCAAAGGUAACCAGAUCACAAGGGCCUUGAUGUGUCGAUCCCGUGAACCUUCAAAGGUAACCAGAUCACAAGGGCCUUGAUGUGUCGAUCCCGUGAACCUUCAAAGGUAACCAGAUCACAAGGGCCUUGAUGUGUCGAUCCCGUGAACCUUCAAAGGUAACCAGAUCACAAGGGCCUUGAUGUGUCGAUCCCGUGAACCUUCAAAGGUAACCAGAUCACAAGGGCCUUGAUGUGUCGAUCCCGUGAACCUUCAAAGGUAACCAGAUCACAAGGGUCUUGAUGUGUCGAUCCCGUGAACCUUCAAAGGUAACCAGAUCACAAGGGCCUUGAUGUGUCGAUCCCGUGAACCUUCAAAGGUAACCAGAUCACAAGGGUCUUGAUGUGUCGAUCCCGUGAACCUUCAAAGGUAACCUGGGUAAUCCUUGACCAGCUGGUCUCUUCUAAAUUGAUAGGCCACAAGAAGAGGCCUUGAUCUGUUGACCCCGUGUACCUAGCGAGGUCACCAAGGCCUUGACCUGGUCUGAGGUCAUCUAGUCACCAGCAUGCCAGCCAGGAGAGGACUUCUGGCUCCCCAAAACACCUUUCUUGACACCAUAGCCACUCGAUUCGAUGGAACACACAGUAACUUCGUGUUGGGCAACGCGCAGGUACCUUCACUCUACCCUAUAGUCUACUGCAGCGAUGGAUUCUGCGAACUCACAGGCUACGCCCGCGCGCAGAUCAUGCAGAAGGGUUGCGCCUGUAAGUUCCUCUAUGGACCAGAGACUCUGGAAGACCAGAAAAUAGCCAUUGAUAAAUCCCUGGAGAGUAAGACGGAACUGAAGAUCGAGGUUAUUUUCUAUAAGAAGAAUGGAUCAUCAUUCUGGUGUCUCCUCGACAUCGUUCCCAUUAAGAAUGAGAAACGGGAAGUCGUUCUUUUUUUGGCCUCUCACAAGGAUGUCACUAAUUCCAAGAUGGAGGAAGUCUCAUUCUAUCCGGGUUAUGAGAACGACGAGAAUGAGAACUUGGAUCCAGAAGCCCAACCGAACAAAUAUGGCCGAAGACGUAGCCGUGCUGUCCUCUACCAGCUCUCCGGACACUACACCCAGGACAAGGGCAAGAACAAGCUUAAGCUCAAUAAUAAUCCUCUCCAGCCUCACUCGGCAGCGCCUCUUCCAGAAUACAAGACCGCCAGCAUCCAGAAGUCAAGAUUCAUCUUAACGCACUAUGGGAUGCUAAAGACCUGCUGGGACCUGGUCAUCCUACUGGCUACCUUCUACGUGGCCGUCACUGUGCCCUACAACGCUGCCUUCCUGGUCAACACCAACCAACAGGACAAACCAACCAUUGUUCCUGACGUUGUGGUUGAGGCACUCUUUCUGGUUGAUAUAUUACUCAACUUCCGAACGACGUUUGUCAAUAAAAAGGGAGAAGUUGUAUUGAGUCCUGUUAGAAUAGCCACCCAUUACGUCAAGGGUUGGUUCGUUCUUGACCUCGUAGCUGCUAUGCCCUUUGACCUCCUCCUGGCUGCUGACGUCUACAGUUCGACGUUCCAAGCCACCAACAUCCACCUACUGAAACUGACGAGACUGCUGCGUCUGGCGCGCCUCCUGCAGAAGAUGGACAGGUACUACCAGUACUCAGCACUCAUCCUGACCCUGUUGAUGCUAUCUUUCUCCCUGGUUGCUCACUGGCUGGCCUGUGUCUGGUACGCUAUAGCUGAGGACGAGAUGCAGAGACCUCAGGCUGAGAUAGGCUGGAUCUACGACCUGGCUGAACGUCUCGCCCGUGACGUCAGAAACGUCACGAUAUCGGAGAAGUACGUUACGGCGCUCUACUUCACCUGUUCCUCCCUCACUUCCGUUGGCUUCGGUAACGUCUCCGCCAACACCAACAGAGAGAAGAUCUUCAGCAUAGUUACUAUGCUUAUUGGAGCAUUGAUGCACGCAACGGUGUUCGGCAACGUGACAUCAAUCAUCCAGAGGAUGUACUUGAGACGUUCACUCUACCAGACCAAGUGGAGGGAUCUGAAGGACUUCCUGUCACUCAACCAGAUCCCCAAGGAACUCCGCCAGAGGAUGCAGGACUACUUCCAGACUAUGUGGAGCCUUAACCAGGGCAUUGAUAUUCACGAGGUUAGUACAAAGAGCCAUAACCAGGGUGUUGAUGAUCGUAUGGUUAGUAUCGCACUUGGAGGAGCUAUAGCCAGAGUAUUAAUAAUCCUGAAGUUAGCCUCUGGAGGUAAGGGUGAUCUGGUUGGAACAGACGUCGACAUGCAUCUUCGUAAUGGUGCAGACACAGUAGUGAAGUCGUCUUGCGAUGUCAAGGCCCUCACCUACUGUGACCUCAAGUCUAUCUACAUCCCUGGCUUGCUAGAUGUCCUUAAGUUAUACCUCGAGUACCAGCAGGAGUUUGCUAACGACAUCAAGCACGACCUGACGUACAACUUGAGGGAGGGUUACGACAAUGAGAAUGUAUCCCUGUACAAACUCUUAAAUAUUAAAAAUGGAAUACUCGUCGAGGGAUACGUUUCCCAUAACUCUCCUCUGUACAGCAGCAAGACAGGGAAAAUUGGCUCUGGGAAAAAUCUAUUGCCAUCUAUCAGCGAGGACGAUGAGGAGAGGGGCAGCGAUGAGGACGACAAGUCUCCAGUGUCAACAUCUCCCAGAUCUCCCCUUCACUCUCGCGCCGGAACAAGGUUCACCUUUCCACGAAACGAGGAAGAAAUGGGAAGUCCUCGCUGGGGUCACAGGAGCCGUGAACGGAGUGGAGGAACGCCAGUUAGAGGGGCACUCAAAACACUCUCACCCACGCGCCUCCACCAUCGCUCAAACGACGAACUUCGAUGCGAUGAUCAGGCUAAGGUUCAGCUGGAAAAGAUUGAUACGCAAGUCAAUACUCUUCAUUCCGAUGUUAGUGGCUUGACGCAAGAGGUUCGUUCGGCACUGCAACUGCUCCAGUCAAUUAGCCACAACAUUGGUGGUAUUGAUAAUGAUGGUGACGAGGCAGGAAGUUGCUACACUGUCGCAAGCAAUGAAGGCGGUCGCAUCGGAGGGGGUAAUGGGGGAGGCAGCGGUAUGUCAAGCAACUAUAUGCAAGAAAACAGACUGACACCUCUGUGUAGAUCUUCGCCAAGCGUGUUCGCCACCUGUCGGGAGACAAGACCUUCUUCGUCCUUACCACGUCACCGUUGUCGCAAUGUCUCGACCCAGACAGACCUGCCCAUAGACGUUCCUGUUGCAGUUCUUGAAGCAUUUGUUUUAGCUCAUCGUUCCAGAGUUCUUCAACUUCUGGGUAUUCAAGAAGUUAUCACUUCCUCCCCUGAUAACCCCUCAAACAAUGCUCAACUCAUCCCACCAGCUUCAUCACAAACCAGCGAAGUUAAUACAUGCGAAGUCAAUACCUGUAUAAUGAUUCCUGAAAGCAACAGCUGCUCAGGGAGCAUGAAUUCAACACCUGAACAAUAUGAAUCUUGCUCCAGGACUCAAGCACCAUUAGAACUCGACUCGGUACAAACUCACAACCCCUCCAUUACAAUAGAAGCUGCUCCAGACCUAGGAGACAACAGAAAUAACAAUAACAACAAAACCUUUGGCCCAUCCAUAGAAACAUAUCAAUUAACAAACCUACAAAAUUGGAAUCCAGUCUCACAGUUAAGCAGAGCGGUCAUGUCAACCUCGCGAAGUACCGGCAGUUUGAAAGAUAUUCUUUCCAUUAAUUUCAAAAAUCAACCUCAACAUCUUAGCCAGCAUGACAAUAACUCUCCAUAUUCUGUGCAAUGUGAGAUACAAGAAACAAACCCAACUAAAACAUUUGUACAUUAUAGUUGUUCCUCCGAUUGUCCUCCGACAGAUCUAAUAUGCUUCUCAGAGGUUAACCACAAGAUGACAAGAAGUACCUCCAUGCCUGUAGCUUCGUUUAAGUACUUGCCCAAUCUCUUAAAUACUUCUAUAAGGCCGCAUGUACAUUUACCUGACCCCAACAGAGAUGCGGAAUUCGAUUCAUCUGAACCAUCUGAAUCUCUCAACCUACCCAGUACAACCAAAGAACUGCAAAACACCAUAAAAAAAUCCACAAUAGUUACAGACUUUUAGCUGCGAUUUUAUGAGGUAUUUAUUAGUUACAUCUUCUGUACAAAUUAAAAUUGUAAAUCUCAAAUAAUCCAUAGACUAUUAUUCCUUUGGACAUACCAAGGGAAACGUACAGUUGGCUUUCUUGUAAAGUUCUAUAUUAUGCAAUUUUUCAUAAAUACAAUUGAAAAGGUGCAUAGAAAACUGAAAAGUGCGAUUAAAUUUUCGAUGUACUUUUUUUGUAUUUACAAAAAUUUCAUUAUAUAGAAGAGCAUUAUUAGAAAGCUGACUCUUUAAAUCUUAUGGCUGCUUCAAGAAUACUUGUAACCAGUUUUAUACAUGAAAUUGGUUCAUGACUGGUUCUUUACCUGGUGACUUGUUUGGAGGGUAUUUCUACCCUUGUAGUCUGGCCUGAGGUCACCUUUUAUAAACCAUUUAAUCUAAAUUCUUGCUACCUGCAUCUAAUGUGAAAAUGUCACUGCUAAUGAGCUUCAGGGGACAUUUAUUGAUGUUGAUGAAGAGCUCAUGAUCCAAGGAAUUGGGAUCACCCUUUAUUUCUUAGCAUCAAAGCCAAUUACCUCACAUUUCCCAGGCAUUGUAUGACCCCUAUGGGUCUAUCCCUACCCCUUACAUCUAACUCCCAUUCUGCAUGACCCUUACUGGUUUAGUGCUUCCCUAUGAAUAUAAAAAUCCAGAACACGUUCUUGAUAAUUAACAUUCACGAGGGAGCACUAAACCCAUAGGAGACAUACAAGGGGUGGAAAUUGGGUUUGAUCUACUGAAGGGUAGUUGCAAUUCCUCAAGACAAGUUGUUCAGUAACAUCAAGGUACCUCUUUGAAGGGUCAGUGAGGCGUAUCUUAAUGUUUUGUUGUACUAGCGGUAAUACCUUGAUAUGCGUUACCAACAACAAGUACUCCUUGACUUACGAUGGUUUGACUUAAGAUAUUUCAACUUUAAGAUGGUGCGGCAGCAAUUAUUUUGGAGAUAAAACUUAAGAUAAUUACCCAGCAUGAAGGCAGCACAUAUUUAAUUAAAGUAAUUAUUUGUUUAUUUACUUAUUCAGUGAAAUUUUCACUUUUUGAUAUUUUCGACUUACGGUAGAUUCGUCAGAACGUAACCCUAUCACAAGUCAAGGAGCACCUAUACGGCGAUGAUCAUCAGUGUCCGCUAAAUCACAUUAAAAAUGAAAAAAAUAACUUUAAAUUGUAUUAAUACUGAACUGUACACACAAAUUACAGUUAACUUUGUUAAAAACCUCUCCAUAUUGCAUAGGUUUUUAUAAACCUGAUUGGAAAAUACAUCCAAAACAAAAUAGCUUGUGGGAAGACUUUUACAGUAUGUGAUAGUCAAAACUGGAUGUAAUUUCUCCAUCACACAAAAUAUGAUACAAUACAGAGGGGUUUUAUAAGAGUAUUGACUGUACUAUAGCAAAAACUUAAUAUAAAGUGCUUAAAUGUACAAUUUAAUCAGAGGAUUUUGUCAUUUACUUCAAAAGUCUGUUAUAUCCAGGUAUUACUGUAUGUACCUUGCCUCAAUGCCAUGAUCAAAAUAUCUCUAAUAUACCGGACACGAGAAACGCUGCGUGUGGUGUGUAAUGAGUACUAUGGGCAAAACGGGUUUCAUCACGUACAUGUAUUCAUUUCAUUACAUUCACGAAAGAAGGGUGUGCUAAACCCAUUGGGGUCGUUCAUCGCCUGGGGAAAUGAAAGGCAUUAAGGCUCAAAUUGGAGUGUAGGUUCGGUUCCUCAGAUCAACAGCCCAUCACCAGUAUCAACAGCCCAUCACUAGUAUCAACAGCCCAUCACUAGUAUCAACAGCCCAUCACCAGU